GUGAGCCCCGUGUCAUGAGACGCGGGCCGGUGGACUCUUUGGAGGCCUCGGACGUUGUCUCGAUUGGUUCCUUCGGCGAGAAGAACCUGACGUUCUGGGAGGUCGUGGACGCGAAGAUGUCCAUCCUGAAGAGCGCCGAGUUCAACGCGAUAGCGGGCAUCGGCCCUCCUGAGACGCCCGCGGCGGACGCAUGGACGAACGCCCAGAAGACCUUGGACAGCGUGACCAAGUAUUUCGACGACGGGAAGAGACCACCGGCGGAGGUCACGAAUUCCGCGCGGGACGCGAUCGACUCGGCGCUGGAGACGACCAAAUCGCUGACGCUGCUGGACACAUUCGGCGUAAACACCUUCUCCAUGUGCAUGGGGGCGAAGCCUGGAUCCGACGGGUACGGCCCUUCUGAGGACACGGCUCACAAGGACAAGCCGAACCUUUUCACCACCGUGCCCAUCCUGGGCGCGCACACGUGGAGCGUCUCGCUGCGCAACGUCAGGCCGGCCGCUCUCGGAGUACGGCUGAUGGUUUGCGGGCGCGCUAUCCUCUACGACAGGACCUACGCUCCCCUGAUAUCUCGGGUGUUGGACCAGAGCAUUCCGUACAUGGAGGCCAGCACCCGGCGGCUGAACGAGUGGGGCCCUCAGCUCUACCAGGAGGUGGAGGUCCUCGCCCAAGACAAGGCCGCGGCCUGCGAGGAGCUGGAACGGGCGGUGCGAGAGCGCGACCUGCUCCUCGAGGAGAGGGACGCGGCCUGCGCCGAGCUGGAGGAACUGAGGCGGGACUGGGACCGCCUCCAGCAG